AUCGUUACUCACUUUCCUCUUCGGCCUUUGCAUUGCUUUUAAAAGAAAUUUUUUUUUUUUGUCUUACUUUAUAUGAAGAAACAGUAUUGUGAGCGUCAUUGAUUUGUGGGUGUUUUAUGGAAGAUCGGAGAGGGAGGAGUGGAGUGGAGGGUUUGAUGAAAAAUGAAGUUUUGCAAGCAAUACCAUGAGUACAUGAAAGGACAGGAGAAGAAGUUGCCUGUGCUUGGAUUCAAGAAGCUCAAAAAGAUAUUGAAGAAGUGCCGGAGGGAUUUCCAGUCGAAGGAGGAUCACAAGGGAUGCCAUGAUGCCCAAUCUUGCCCACAACAUUGUCCAGUAUGUGAUGUGACCUUUUUCCCUUCUCUUCUCAAUGAGAUGUCGGAGGUGGUUGGCUGCUUCAAUGAGCGUGCAAGAAAACUUCUUGAGCUGCAUCUGGCCUCUGGGUUUCGGAAAUACUUCAUAUGGUUCAAAGGCAAACUUCGAGGGAACCAUGGUGCCUUGAUUCAAGAAGGCAAGGAUUUGGUUACCUAUGCAGUGAUCAAUGCCAUUGCCAUUCAAAAAAUACUUAAGAAAUAUGAUAAGAUUCAUUACUCUAAGCAAGGGCAAGCCUUUAAGUCACAAGUUCAGAGCAUGCAUAUUGAGAUUCUUCAGUCCCCAUGGCUUUGUGAACUAGUGGCUUUCCACAUCAAUUUAAGAAACCCUAAAGUCAAUUCAAGGGUGGCUCCUGCAUUGUUUGAUGGGUGUUUGCUCACAUUCAAUGAGGGCAAACCAUCACUCUCCUGUGAGCUCUUUAAUUAUAUCAAGCUCGAUAUUGACAUGACUUGCUCAAUAUGCUUGGACACUGUAUUUGAUCCAGUUUCUCUCACAUGUGGCCAUAUAUUCUGCUACAUGUGUGCUUGCUCAGCUUCAUCAGUGACCAUUGUUGAUGGACUAAAGGCAGCAAAGCCUAAAGAAAAAUGCCCUCUAUGCCGGGAGGCAGGAGUUUAUGAAGGUGCUGUACAUUUGCAAGAACUUAAUAUUUUAUUAAGUAGAAGCUGCCCUGAAUAUUGGGAGCACAGGCUUCAGACAGAAAGGGUAGAGAGGAUUAAGCAGGCAAAGGAGCAUUGGGAAUCCCAGUGCCGGGCAUUCGUGGGUGCAUAGUUGGGCAAAAUUCUGCUUAUCUGGUUUAGUCAACGGAUUUUACAGGAAGAUCUUUCAUUGUAAUUGUUUUUUUUUCCUUUUCUGAUGUUAUUUGUCAAAUAAUCCUUUCUUUAGGAAAGUUGUGUACAUAUUUCUUUUUGUUGCAUAAAUUCUGCAACCUGUUUUGUUAGUGAUGUUGGAAAACCCCUUAUGAAUUCGAACUUUAU